UAUAUAUAUAUAUAUAUAUAUAUAUAUGCCACGUUGAAUAUAUAUGCCACGUUGAAUAUAUAUAACUGACAAAAAUUAUUUUUAGUGUUUAAAUGUCAGUUGAACUAAUUUACGCUCAUCAAAGCUCUGAUAAUUUUAUUUCAUCGUUUUCUGGAGCCAUCUGGUUAUUACCAAACAAUAUGUUCUUGUUUUUUUUUUAAUGCGAUUCGUUUGGAUUUCAUGGAAAAAGCUUUGCAAUAUAACAGGAUCACCAUCUGUUGAAAGUAGCACCUAUAAUUUGAGUCAAUGGGACCAAAAGAGGUCUCAAGAGAAAAUGUUUUCAUACUUUAUUUUAAUAUCCCAUUCAAACAACUUUGCAAUCAAAAACAAAAAACUCCCUGGCAAACCUUCAAACUGAACUAUCAUAUUACAUAGGGUACACGUGCAAUGCCCAUUUUGGCCCCAAUGGUUGCACAAGGGUAAAGAGAAUGAAAACCUAUUAUAUAACACAUAAACACUCCUGGCGAAUGGUCAUUAUGAGAAACAGUAUAUGAGCACACAAAAAUCGAAGAUGUGGGCUCGGCGUUACGAAAAAACGGAUUACAACUUGAGUCAAUUCAUGAUUUUCUGGUCUUGCCAUGAGUGUGGUCCCCCAAAUAUGUUUUGAUAUUUGAGCUCUUGUCAACAUUAUAUUGCCAUUAAAAAACAUGCUUUGUCGAGGUGUAGAUUGAUGCUUGUCUUGUUCAAUUAAGGUAAAGAGAGAGUCAGGCGGAUAAUUUAAACAGUUUAGCAGUUGUACAAUUUAUAACUGUUAACUAAUUUUGUUCCAUUUAAAAUUGCAGUUAUUGAGAUGAAAGGUUGGUCGUAAGUUGAGCUACAUGACUGUCUGGGGAGGUACAGUAUAUUGUGGUAGGGUUUCAUUUAUCUCUUGAAAAACUUUCGUAAAGCAAACUCCAAAUGAAUUAGUGAAAGGUUGUCAACCCCUAAGGCCCCCAGUGAUGAAAUCUACCUCUACAGCCACCACUUAGUCCAUUGUUCAUCUUUGCAAGCAGGACUUCUCCCAUUUCCUACAAUGCAUUCACCAACUGACCAUAUGAAAGCAGUAGAACUGUAAGGACCUGCCAGAAAGUGCUGAAUUAUUCAAAAGGUUUGUGCUUUUUUGUGUUUCUUCUAGCAGUCGGGAGUAUAUGUGCACACUUCUUAUUGGAAUAAUACUUUUGCUACAUCCAAGUCAAGACAAACCAGAAAACCCUGACACCAGCUAUGUCUGGUUUCACCCAAGAACACUGGUAAGCUAUAUUACACUGAAACAAGCUUUUACUCUGAGGAAGAAAGGCUCUACAGCUUUAGACUGGUCUCAGGAAUGGAUUUUAUUGCUAUCUGAUAAAACGUUCACAAGUUUUCAGCUAAAAUGUCAAAUUAACUGCUUCACCAUUUUUCUUAAGAUGCUGUAAUGCCUUCAAACGAAGAACCUGGUUGUCUAUUGAUGCUUGUCAACAUUUCAUCAAACCUGUCAAGCUUAUUGUUCAUAUAUUCUGCAGCUAUAUAACUGAUCAUUUAUAGCUAUGCCACGGGCAAAGCCACAAGGUCUGAAAAAUAGGAAGCAGAAAGAGGCCAGAAAAGAAAAUGAACAAUGUGAUAUGAGGCAAAGUGAUUCCAAAGCAUCCCGGCCUCGAUUUAUGGAGCACCAUUGGAAAUUUAACAGCAAAAAAAAAGUGUCAAACCUGAAAGACAAACAUACAAAUGGAACCAAGUUGGGGGGAAACAGUCCUGAUGGAGCACAAAAAACAAUCAAAAAACAAGACCUCUCCAAGACCAAAAUGAAGAACAAAUACAAAGAUACACUAAACGAGUAUUCGGAGAAUGACCUUAUAAACUCAGAAGCGGCAACAGCGAUGAACAAUGAUGAGAAUGUGAAGGAGGAAGAAGACGAUAAGGAGGAGCUCAUUAAGAGUGACAACAGUGAGAAAGAACUGACUGGAAACUCAGUUGUCCAAAGAGACGUUGAGCUGACAACAGAGGAAGAAUCGGAGCAAGAACUUUCAGAAGAAUCAAUAACUACUAAUGGCUCUGAGGUCAAACCCUACGUAUCCAGACAUGAAUACAGUAAAAGAGGAGCUGUAUCUAAAGAAGUCAUCCAAGAAGUGGGUGAAGACAAGGAAAUGCAUCAGGACACAUUUGGAAAGCCAACAAUCGAUAAAGCCAGAAGAUGCGUACCACAACCCGCCAAAUCAACGCAAGAGGGAAAAUAUAUGAUGUUUAAGAAAAAACACCAUAAAGACAGGUUGAAAAACCAUGGUAUUGCAAAACCCCAAAGAUCCAAAUUUUCCUGUCAUCUGGAGAAUGACUAUUCUGUAGAAGCAGCUGAAGAUAAGCAAGGGGAUGAGACCGAACGGACACUGACAAAAACCUUUAAAUGCCAUGGAAACAUGGUGCUUCCAAAAGACAGACAUAAUGACUUCAAUAGCAUUAUUAGGUCUGAAGCAGUGAAUGUCAAACAAUGUGAAUCUGUAAAUGUUGUCAAAGAGGAUUCCCACAGUUUGCUCUUGGACAAUCUGACAAAUGAUUUUUUUCAAAGCAAUGCUGAUAAGAUGUUUGCAACUUUAAACAAAGACCUACUCCAAACUGGUCCCACAACCCCCAAGAGACAUUUUUUAACUCAAAGAAAGGAUGUGGACGCUCUCAGCAGACUGUCUUGCUGGUUUCACAAAAAAAGGCCCAAAAAGGUAAAAAUAAAGAACAUUUCUUUUUGGGCAAAUGUCAUCUAUGUUUCGCGAUUGCUCUCCUCUCUGUCUAUAAAACAGAAAUGGAGAAAAACUAAUUCCAAAGGCUUGAUCAGAGCAAAACCCCAGUAUUCUUCUGAGCACAGAAAAUCCGAAGAAGUACAGGAGGAAUCUGAUAAAAAAGAGGUGGAGGCCAAAUAUGUUAUUGUCCACUCGAGGAUGAACAAAACUGAAAAAGCUGAGACGUUCUUGAUGCAAGAUGAACACCCAGGAACGCAAACAAGCACCCAAGAAACUACACCGACAGUCUCUAAACAAAGAACAGAAAUAAAGCCACCAAAGCCAAGUGCACGUACUGUGCUCCUAAGCAAACCAGGUCUUGGCCUUUUUAGGGCUACCACAAAGCCCUUGCAAGGGCAACUACAAUCAGGUGGAGUUGUUGAGAAGGGGAGCAAUGGAUUCAGUGUUGGUCCAGCAUCACUAGAAGGAACCUCCCACACUGAGGAACCAGAUUAUACAGCUACUUUGAGGCAUCAACAUGGAAUUAGUGUGCUACCGACAGUAAGAGGGAAGUUGGACACUUCUCAUAUCAAUCAGAUCCCGAUGUCCUUGUCAGGAGCAACCUUAGGUACUGUAAAGAAGCCCACCAAGGAGCCAGAAGCACAAGGAAAGGUUGAAGCUGGUACGCACAAGUCUUGUACUCGGCCCCUUUUAAAUGGAAAUGUUUGUUCGUUGUAUGAAGAAGAGGCAGACAGGGAGGUGGCACAGUUGAUGAGAGAACCUCUUCACUGGGCUGGGAACUUCCAAAUGAAUGGAGAUCCAAAGGACUGGUUGAACAUUGAAGAUCUUCUGCCUCACCAGACAGUGGAGAAGUUAACAAAAUGUGUAGUUUAUGAAGAUCGACACAAGGUCGCAAUUCUUGCCGGACACAUGGACAAGCACCUCUGGGAAUUAGAUGAUCACAUCCAGGACAUGCUGGAGAGUCGGCUCGUCAGCACACAGGUGAUGAUGCAGGGAAGCGAAGAUGCUGAAAAGUUGGAUCAAGUAGAGGAUCUGUCCCAGUUACAAGAGGUGUGUGACAGCUCAGUGCUUCUCAACCUAAAGAAGAGGUUUCAUCGGGACUGUAUUUAUACCUACAUUGGAAACAUGCUACUGUCCAUCAACCCCUACAAACCCCUGCAUAUCUACUCAGAAGAACUGAGACAGCAAUACCAGGGUAGAGAGCAACAACAAAACCCCCCGCAUGUGUAUGCUAUCGCUGACAAUGCCUUCAGACAAUCCCAGGCAUCCACCCAGGAGCAGUGCAUUAUCAUAAGUGGUCAGAGCGGUGCAGGAAAGACUGAGGCUACCAAGUUGGUCGUCCAUUACAUUGCUACCAUGUAUCAGAGCAGAAGCGUCGACCUGCAUCAGCCUAUGGACGUCUUUGCCAUUCUGGAGAGUUUCGGGAAUGCGAAGACCAGCCUGAACAACAACUCCAGCCGCUUUGGAAAAUACAUCCAUAUUCACAUUCUCCGUGGUGUUGUUGUUGGGACCUCCUUGUCCAAAUAUCUCCUUGAGAAAUCCAGGGUUGUUUUCCAGGCCAAUGGGGAGAGGAACUACCAUGUGUUCUAUGAGCUUUUGGCAGGUAUGAAUGACUGGAACAAACAGGACUUCUACCUUCAGGGAGCCGAGACUUAUUACUACCUGAACCAAGGUGGCGCCUGUGAGUUGAAAGGAAAGUUGGACAGAAAAGAUUUCCAGUUGUUAGUUCAGUGCUUUGAAAAAAUUGGUCUCAGUACUGACCAGAUCUUCACCAUUUGGGCCAUUCUUUCCUCUAUUUUGCAGCUGGGCAACAUCUGCUUCAGUUCACAUGAGAGUGAGUCCUUUGAGGUGGCUCUCAUCUAUAGUGAGUCUGAGGCUCGAAGGAUCAGCUCUAUGCUUAAGAUAUCUUAUGAGGCACUACAGAACACCAUAACACACAAAAUCACAAAGACAACCUAUGACAGGAUCUACUGUCCCCUGUCUGUGGAGAGUGCCAUCGAAUCGAGAGAUUCCAUUGCCAAAGCCUUGUACUCAGUGUUAUUUGACUGGUUGUUAGACCAGAUCAAUAACUGGCUGAAUCCCACAGAAAUGGACAACACCGUGGGCAUAGUAGACAUCUACGGAUUUGAAGACCUUGGAAUCAACAGUUUUGAACAGUUGUGUAUCAACUUUGCCAAUGAACAGCUGCAGCAUUUUUUCAGCCACACUGUGAUCACUCAAGAGCAGGAGGAGUACACUACAGAACAGAUCCAGUUGUGCCCAGUGUUAUUAAAGGACUUUAACCCCUGCCUGGAGUUAAUCUCCUCAAGACCAUACGGCAUCUUCCGCAUACUUGAUGACCAGACCUGCCUCCCCCAAGCAACUGAUCACACCUUUCUCCAAAAGUGCCACUACCACCAUGGUAACAGUCCUUACUAUGCCAAGCCCAAAAAGCCUGAGCCAACAUUUACCAUAUUUCACUAUGCUGCAACUGUCACAUAUCAGGUCCACAAUUUUCUUAAUAAAAACCACGACCAAUUCAAGACGGAAGUGGUGGAACUUUUCGCCAGUAGUCGGUUAAAGCUGGUGUCAGAGCUGUUUGGAAAGGUGAAGACCAGGUACGAUCAACAAAGUGAGUUGGAAUGCAGAAGAAAGGGUCUUCGCCAGCAACCCUCGACUGCUGCAUCACAUUUUCUACACUCUCUGACUGAGCUUACCAAGCGCUUGGAAAGUUGCAGAACAAUGUUCAUCCAUUGUCUCAAGCCAAACUGUAUUAAGCUUCCGUCAAUGUUUGAUGUGGACUAUGUGUCAGCCCAACUUAAGCAUACUGGCAUGUUGGAGGCCAUCCACAGUCGGAAAGGGGGUUAUCCUAUACGCCUCUUGUACUCCUACUUUGUUGAGAGGUAUGGGGUGUUCGCCACCCAGCGCUCCAGUAAUGCGACAGAUCGACAGCAUGCACUGAGUCUUUUGGAAUUGAUUGGUGCAGAUGACGGUCAAUAUCAGCUGGGACUCACAAAGGUCUUUCUAAAGGAGCUCCUGUACCGGCAGCUGGAGGAGAAGUGGAGUACCACUCAGACGUGGGCUGCAGUCACCAUCCAGCGAAACAUUAGAGGUUUUCUGUGCAGGAAAAACUUUAAAUUCUUCAAGCAGAAAGCAAUCAUCAUCCAGAGCCACAUCCGAGGACACCAGGCAAGGAAGUACUACAAACGCCUGAAGCAGUCCUUUGCUCAGUUCUGGGCUGUGAUGAUGAUAACUAGGAAUACCAUAAAGAGACGCCAUUGGAGGAAGCAUAUUCGGGACAAAAAGAAAGCGACCACUUUAAAAAAAGCAUCAGUGCUCCCGACAAUGGAUGUGGGCAGGUUGGAGAUCCCCGCUGAGCUGUCAGCAAGGUUCCACAGUGCAGCAGGGCAUCAACAUGCUUCUGAAGUGACAGCGGUGGCACCCCCACAAGUGAAGGCAAACCACAAGCUCAGUCUGCCUCGAGACAUAGACAAAUACCCAUUCUCUCACUAUGUCAAGUCCUUUUUGAAGGAAACAUGGUGCCAACCUAAAGGAACCCCCCUCCAAAGAGCCCUCACCCCUCUCGAAUCGGAUGAUGCCUGGAUUGCACUGGAAGUGUAUAAACUGAUCAUGCGGUUCACGGGUGAGUCAGACCUCAGCAGCUGGCAAGAGCAGAUGUUAGGAAACUACAUCAUUGAAAAAUGCCAAAGUCGUCCUGCCUUGAGGGAUGAGAUCCUGGCACAAUUGGCUUACCACACAUGGGACUCACAUGAAGAGCAGGGAAGCCUGCAGGGGUGGCUGCUGCUUGCCUGCUGCCUCAGUACCUUCACUCCGUCACCAAUACUGGAAAAACCCCUGCUCAAGUAUAUAUCUGACCACGCACCCAUUGAGUACCGUUCACUGUGCCAACACAAAAUGCUCACAUCAAUGCAACUCGCAGCCCCCAUUUCCCGGGAUUAUCCUCCCACCCAGCUGGAGUGGAGCGCCAACAAAAGGAAAGCUGCAAUGACUGUGGAUGUAUACACAUAUAAUGAUGAGAAAUGGACGACUGAAGUGGAGUCCUGGACCACGGGAGAAGAGAUAGCCGCUUGGAUUCUUCAAUGCAGAGGUAUGACAGAGGCAACAGAAGGCUGGUCUGUGUCACUUCUGACGGAUGACGGGUGGUCUGAUCUGGCUGGCUCAGACUUGGUCAUGGAUCUGCUGGCUGGCGCUGAGGCAGAAGUACUGCCCCCAUCAGGCACCCUCUCCUCAGCCAAUUCUGAUUACUUGUUCAGUGAUCAAAGGGACAGAACACCAGUUACAGAUCUUGAUGACUUCAUUCCACCAGCACCUACCAUGGAAGCUCCAGGCCUGCCUCAUUUUCAGGACACCCAUUGGGGAGGAGAGUAUCCACAGGAAGGCCGUCGUCGACAGAUGGAUGCCUACGUAGAUGACUUGUUCAACCUGGAUCAAGGACAAUCGGACACAGAAAGAGUAGCCAAGCUACACCGGCGGAUGCGAGGUGGAGGAGGCAUUGGACCCAUGCAGCCUGGUUUAUAUAGUCCUGGUAUGCCAACUUUAAUGCCAAGCUAUCCCAUGGGAAUGCCAAUGAACCCUCACAUCCCAAGCUAUGGUCCAACUCCAAUGAUGCCAGCCAUGCACACCAUGCAAGGGAUGAUGAUGCCUCAGGCUGCAGUUCCUUCAAUGAAUGAUCCCAUGCAGCUGGCAGCAACACAGCAAGCCCUUAUGAACCAACAGGCUGUUCUAAUGGCUCAGCAGAUGACCAUGCAGGCGAUGACUCUGUCCCAGCAGCAGAACCAGGAACAGCUGAGGUUGAGGGAACAGGAGAGAAAGCAGGCGAGAAAGCAGGAGCAGCAGGAGCAGCAGCAGCGGCAGGAGCAGCAGCAGCGGUUGAGGGAGCAAGCACCCACACCUUUGCCGCAAUCUUCACCUGCAGGCCAGCCUAAUACACCUUUGCCGAAGCCUCAAGACGUAGAUUCAAAGAAUGCAGGUAACCGGCCCUCUUUCAGAGAAAGGCGUCAGUACUUCCAGAAUAUUGGUGGCUCUAAUACCCAGGCACCACAAGGCCCCUCAUCCACCCCAGUCCAACAGCAAGACAGCAUCCAAUCACCGCGUCCACUCCCUCCUCCCACUGCACCUAAACCCAAAAUGAAGGACCCUCCCUACACUGCUGUCAGCAAAACAAAAACCCCAACCACAAAUGCUGAGCCUGAACCCACUUCCAACAUUCGGGAAAUCAUCAAACAGUUCAACAGCCGACCUCAACCAGAACCCAAAAACUUUGAGCCUGUCAGAGCUCCAUCAAGGCACUUUGUUAAGAAGGGGGAUCCCAAAGCGGAAGCGCUUGCCAAACUCAGACAGAAAGCACCAGUGCCUCAACAAAAGAAACAGUGGGUGACCUCCCCAGCAGACAAACAGCAGUCUCCAAAAAGCACUCCAUCCCCACAGUCCUCUCCUCCGUCCACUGAAGGCCGUCGUGUCAUUUCCAGCAACAUGAAGCAGAAACAACGCUCACUAGAAGAUCUAUUUGGCUCUCAGCGCGCUCGACACAUUGUACCUUCUCCGCCGGACUCUCCGCCACCUCCCUCACGCUCAACGACCUUCCCUCACGACAUCCCUGAACCACCAACCAUGGCUGCCCCAUCUCUCAGUAAGAUGCUAGAUGACAAGAUGUCCCACUCUGAACUUCACCGUUUUUCUCCUGGUGUUUAUUUGUCUUUCUGCAACAUGCCGGGAAAACUCUUCCUGCGGAAAGAGGUGUUUUACCCAGAAGACACAUUCAACCGACCAUAUGUCCUCAAUCUUUUAUGUGAACAGAUCACGAAGGACACUUAUUCUGACAGCUGUGUAAAGAUAAGCAGAGAGGAAAGAAGGAAGAUGAAGGAUUUGCUCGCUAAUUUUAAUGUGGGAACUAUGAGCACCAUCCAGGACGACAGCUUAAAGAAAAGGAUUGUCAUUGCUGCUCGGGACAACUGGGAAAACUACUUUUCACGAUUAUUUCCUAUACAGUCAGACAAUGAUGACACUCAGAUUUUGGGUGUGUGCCAUCGUGGCAUUCGGUUAAUGAAAAUGGUGGCAGCGUCAGGCAUUGACCCAAAACACCUUCGCCUGCUGAGAAGCUACAGUUUUGCAGAGCUGCUGUCGGUUGAACUAUGUGGCACCAACAAAGUCCAACUGGAGUUGAAGAAUGAAAACCUACAGCUACACUCUACCAAGGCUCCGCAAAUCACUGCCACAGUCCAACUCUUCCUCAAACAGCUCAUUAAGAACUCUGACCACGUGGUUGCCCUGAAGAGCUUUGUCACAGAUGACAAGAGUCUACUCAGCUUUAGCAAAGGAGAUAUAAUCAAGCUCCUACCAAUGGAGGCACUCCAGCCAGGUUGGUAUUUCGGUACUUUGGGAGGACGCUCUGGUCUUUUUCCAGCUGAUCGAACACAGCCAUCAGCCGCAUUGGACUACCAUCAUCUCAAACUUGAUCGAAGAGAUGAUAGGCGGAAAAGUAUGAGAGUUGCAAGACCCGACACUCUGCCAAAAGAAGCUACUCUAGUUCCCAUUAGCAAGGAAGCAGACCACAGUUACUUGGCAUGGCCCACGAGAGAAGAUUCAUUCCAGAGAUCGGUACGGACCUCCAUCCAAGAGGCGCCUCAAGACUUACAAAUGUCAGCAAUGGCUGAGUUUGCCAGGAAAUACUUUAGAAUGGAAAAUAAAGGCUUAAAUCCAAGUGGCAAACUUUUUUUGGAAGCUGUUCAAUUCACAAAGGUGCCGAUUUCGGAGUCUCUCAUUAUUUACAACGACCCUGAUAUCAACCAGUUAUCUGUUCAGUGCUUUACGGCUAUCAUGCAGUUUAUGGGCGAUACAGCAAUGAAGAAGCAAACCUCGCAAGCAGACUGUUUGCGUCAUAUCUUACUGCUUGGGAAGGAAAAAGAGCAGCUCAGGGAUGAAGUCUACUGCCAGGUCAUCAAGCAAACAACCAACAACCCAAAUAGAGGGAGCUGCAAUUUAGGCUGGCGUCUACUCACCCUCGUUGCUGGCUUCUUCCCCUGUUCUGGAACUCUCCAGCCCUACGUCUCACGCCACUUACAGGACAUUAACAAAGACCAUCAACACCCUUUCCAAGAGCUGGUGUCUGUUUGCCAGGACAACCUUCAACGUUCUCUCACUUUUGGUGGCCGCCGUAACAUGCCCUCACGUAUUGAGCUGGAGGCCAUCCUGGCGGGUAAAACUUCACAAUUGACUUCUAUCCAUCUGCCAGGUGGGGCGGAAUUCCCCAUCAAGAUACGUAACUUCAGUAUGGCAGCUGAUGCGGCAACUCAGUUCUGUGGAGAAAUGCAUAUCUCAAACCUCUCAGAAAUGAAAGAAUUCACCAUCUUUGCCAACCGACAAGAUGGAAUGGUACGGCCUCUUCAUUCAAAUGAAUACCUGAUGGACUUUUUACUGGAUGAUGGAUGCAUCGUCUUUUCUCUAAGAAGAGUGAUGUGGAGAACACCUCUGUGUUUCAACAAUGAUUUUUAUGUGGAUUUUCACUAUCAACAGCUUUUGGAUGACUACCUGAACGGUAAUCGUAUUCAUGAAUCUUCAGUCCAGCAAAUGGCGGAACUGUCAGCUUUGCAAUAUCUGUCCUUGGGACUGAAGGACCAACCCUCAUUGCAGGAGAUAAAGAAAUACCUUCCUUCCGCGGAGGGACAGAAAGCUAAAAUGGAUGAGAUCCACUCUUCCUGUGUGAGCAAGAUACAAGCAAUGCAGUCCCUCAGCCCUCUGGAUGCCAAAAUACAAUUUGUUGUGUUUCUGAGAGAGCAGCCUCAGUUUGUCUCCAACACAUACUUGGCGCAGAAAGUCAGCCAACGUGACUGUCCUUCACCCUGCAUGGUCAGCGUCAGCCAUAAUGGAGUGCUUUUUAUCCAUCCCAAAACACAGGAGCAAGUUUUUCAAAUUCCUCUGCUUGACGUUCAGUCCAUGCGGACUAUACGACCUAAAAAAGCAGGAAAGCUGCCGUCAAUGGACAUCAACUAUGGCCAACCCAAUCAACCCAAGAAAGUGACAAUUUGUCUCAAACAGGCGAAGGAGUUGUGUCACAUCCUUGCUAUGAUAAUGGAAGAGCUGAUCCGUCCCUCAGUCAAGAGCAGCGUUUCUAAUCACCAGUAGACCGUGUCUGUUUUCAUUUGACCAUGUUUUUUCUUUUAACUUAACUAGAAUACAUGACGUACAAUAUAUGCACACUUGUUGAUAAUGAUCAUGUCAUCUUGAUAAUAACCAUGUAAUCAUGCUUACAGCUGCAUAGACAUGCAUCUUUUAUGGCAGUUUUCCAACUAUAAAACUUUCCAUACUGUGUAAAAUAAAGAAACUCAAAAAUGUAUUGUAAUUUGUGCACUUUUUGUUUUUAAAAAUCAGAUGUACAGUAUAUUAUAUGCCAAUUAUACCCUGUGAAAUUGUUCAAGUACAUCAUAAAAGGGGACUUAUGAUGAUUCUAUUCUACAUUUAACACUUAC